UUACUCUUGUACAGAGGUACAUAUAGAAAAAAGAAAAGGUAUUCUUAUUGAACGUGAACAUAUAAUAUUGCAAUCAUGUUCAGUUUAACAAAACAUUGUGUCUCAACUGUCGGAAGAAGCAAUGCCCUACGAUUUUUACCAUUUAGACAAAGUUUGUAUAGAUAUACUCCAAAACAAACAAUUACACAGAAGGUAUUUGUAUUAAUUAAAGGAAACCCAACUUGUUUACAGAAGAAUUUACUCAAACAAAGGAACAUAAUAGUUGUAAGUCUUGCCUCAAAAUCAACCCACAAAUCAGACAAAAUUGUAGGAAAAUGGAUGUUAACUUGCAGUGGCAUGGUUUUCAUAGCUGUAGUUCUAGGGGGUAUGACAAGACUUACAGAAUCGGGUUUAUCAAUGGUUACUUGGAAAUUACUAGGCGAAAAAAUGCCUACAAGUGAAAGUGAAUGGCAUACUGAAUUCAAACGUUACAAACAAUUUCCAGAAUACAAAAUAACAAAUCACGAUAUGACAUUGGAAGAAUUUAAACGGAUUUGGUGGAUGGAAUACUUGCACAGAAUGUGGGGACGUUUGAUAGGUGCAGUAUUCAUAGUUCCUGCAACCUAUUUUUGGACGAAGGGUAUGCUAAAACCAGGAAUGAAACUCAGAGUAGCUGUUCUGGGAUCAUUAAUUGGUUUACAAGGACUAAUGGGUUGGUACAUGGUUAAAUCUGGUUUGGAGGAUCGGUUUGCAGAGCCAUCAGACGUUCCCAGAGUCUCACAGUACCGCUUGGCUGCACAUUUAGGAAUGGCAUUUAUUAUAUAUACAGGCUUCCUGUAUAAUGCUUUAGAUUAUUUACUUCCCGCGAAGCAGUUAGAUCUUAAUGCUUCGACCAUUAAUAUAAAUCAUGUAAAACAAAAACUGAAAAGAUUUAGAAUGGUAGUCCACUCGACGAAAGGAUUAGUGUUUCUGACUGCUUUGUCUGGUGCUUUUGUCGCGGGAAUGGAUGCGGGUCUUAUUUAUAAUACAUUCCCGAAAAUGGCAAAUAAAUGGAUACCGGACGAUAUACUCGCAGUAUCGCCUAAAUGGAAAAAUUUUACUGAAAAUCCAACUGCUGUACAAUUUGAUCACCGAAUUUUGGGUAUCACCACAUUGUCGCUAAUAACUUAUAUUGGAAUUGUAUCUCGUAGAUACAGACUUCCUGGAAAUGCAAAGAAAGCAGUAGCUGCGGUCCUUUGCGCUGGUUAUUUACAAGUUUUACUAGGCAUUUCAACAUUAUUAUAUCACGUGCCUUUAGCACUAGCCGCAUCUCACCAAUCUGGCAGUCUUUUUGUUUUAAGCACAAUGAUUUGGCUGUGUCACGAAUUAAAAUACUUAAAGUAUGUUGUUAAAUGA